AUGUUGGAGAACAAUAUUGGUGACAUGGUCAAAUGUUGGGAGGCUAUGAAUGACAACUUAAAGUUACAAUUGAGUAAUAUUAUAGCUUCUUUUCAAAAGAGUUUUUAUGAAGUUGAGCAUGCCCAUGUAAGUCCAUUUUACAAUAAUUUACGUGGUUCAGUGUCUCGAGAUGCAUUGAGACGCAUUAUUGAAGAGUUAAAACGAGUUGAUUAUGUUGGAACUAACAAGGAAAUAUGUCGUUGUACUCUUAGAACAACCUACGGAUUACCUUGUGCUUGUGAGUUGACAGGAUAUAGAAUUGAUGGUUUACCGAUACCAAUAGAUGUUGUACAUGUUCAUUGGAGAAAACUAAGUAUGGAAGUUAAGUUGGACGAAGAUGUAGAUGAUGGAUCAGAGGUGGAUAUGAGUAGUGCAAUAGAUGAGUUAUGGAAAAGGUUUAAGUCACUGGAUGUUGUUGGGAAAAGGGCAUUAAAAAGUAGGGUUUUUGAACUUGUCUUCCCUGCAAUGACUUCUAUGUGUCCACCACCUGAGAAAAUAAAAACUAAAGGGGGAGUCAAGAAGAAAGACAAAAAACCAGUAGGAUAUGAUGUUUAUAGAGACCCUCCGUAUCACGAGUCAUAUAUUGAUGAUGUAGUUAAUGUUGUAUCAGAUGGUAAUUGUGGAUUUCGAGUCAUUGCUUCAUUGCAUGGAUAUGGUGAAGAUGGUUGGCCAAUGGUUCGUCGAGACUUGGGGUUGGAAAUAAUACAUAAUGAAAGAUCAAGUUUGUAUGUCAAUUUAUUUACUGAUCAGUUGGCAGUAGUGAGAGAAUCUUUGAUGAUAGAGGAAUUUGGUCCUCAGCCACCACAUAAAUGGUUAACUCUACCAGAUAUGGGUUACGUGAUAGCGAAUCGUUAUAAUGUUGUACUUGUCUGUUUAGGAAUUGAAUGCUGGACUUUCUUCUCUAUGACAUCUUCAUUUUCACCGAAUGUAGCAAUUUACUGCAUUGGUUUUGUAAACAGAAAUCAUUGGGUUCAGGUAAACAUGAAAGAAGGGUUUCCAUUGCCACCAGUGACAGUAGAUUGGAAGAAGUUUCGUUCUCCAGCAGCAACAUCUUGGAUGAUAGGAUUUGCAAGACGUCUACAACAUUGGCAACAACUUACGUCUAUAUUACCAACGCAUUAUGAAUUAUAA